UAGGCGAGGUCUCGAGUUCGAAAUUCAAUGGAAUGAGUUUGAAUGUUACUCCCCAGCCCCUCCCUCAUACGUGCAUGGAAUAAAAAAGAAGAAAAUAACGAAAAAGUGCUCCAACCUGCUAAAAAGUGCCAAAAAUAAGCUAAGAAGUUUUUUUAGCAUUUGCAAACUGCUCCAACCUGCUCGUUCUCGCGACAUCUCGUUCUGCCAAACUUCUCUCUCUUCCAAAUCGACACCGGCGGAACUCAUCCAUGUUGCAAUCGACACCUCAGACUGAUUUGUCCACUGACUCCUCAAAUAAGAGAGCAAGCACUGAGGAUGAAAACAUGCCAAGUCCCAAGAGAAUUGCAGAUGCCCUAUAUCCCUACCUAGAUCUUUUUGAUUCACAUCUCGUUUGCAACUUUAUGAGCGAUGGAGCCAUUAAGAAGUUAUGUGACAAAAUGUCCAAGAAUCACGAACUUGUAAAGAUGGGACAGGAGAUGCUUCAAUCUCUUGAUGAAGAUGUGUUAGCUGAAAAUGGUACUUCAAGAUUUGAUGCUAGAAAACACUUCGAAGCUCUGAAAAAUAUCUGGAAAAAUGAACAAUUCAGUUGUUUUUUGUAUAAAACAUUGGAGGUCCAGAAAUGUGUCCUGCCCGACAUGAUAAGACAUUUUUCAAGGAAAUUUCUCCAUGAAAAUUUUGAGGAACGGAUAGCUAGUAUCAAGAAAGCUUACUGCUUCAAAUAUCUUCUGAGACCCCAAGAUCCGUUUGCUACUAAUACGACUACUAUGAUGAGGCGGCUUCUAAUCAUUCUAAUAGUGUGCUGGAGUUGUGAAGAUGAGUAUCCUGAGUUGGAUACAAUGGAUUGCACUGUUACGGUAAAUGCUCCUUUGGGUGAAGAUACACUACACUGUUUGGAUCUAUUUCAGCGAUUGCUUUGGACGAUGAAGCAGAAAGGCGCUCCCUGUGAUACAAUUAAAGAGUUGCGAAGUGAAGUGGAAUCUUCUCGUGUAACAGACCCCCUCCAGAUCCAUCUGGUCAUUGUUUCUGCGAUGAUGAAAGCAAGGACUUGGCUUGAUGAGGAAGGCUCUCCCAUUCCAGAACUUGUUGGGGAAUGUUUCAUCAUGGAGCUGGCCAUUGGAAUUGAGAGGAAAAAAAAUCAUGAACUUGUUGCUAUGGCCAAGAGUUUUCUGGAAAAUAUAGAUUCUACUGAUCUUGCAAAUGCUCACAUCUCCCCUGUUUCAAAGCAAAACUGUUUUGAUCUAGUGCAAAGACAAUCUGAUUUAUUGAAAAGAGUCCUGGAUAAUUCAGAUUUUGUUGAUGUAUUCCGUGAGAAAAGCAAACAGGAUUGGUAUUUUCGUGAAACAAUUGUAGAGUACGAAAACAAAUACGACAUGAGGAGGAACAAACAUACUUUUUCUGAUGAUGCCAUUGAGGAUGCAAUGCAUCGUAUCAAGAAUGAUAUUUUCUGCAGACGUAUUCUUGAAAAAAGGAAAGAUAUUGCUUUGCUGAGGGGAUUCUUGAUUAUAGUUUUCGCAUACCAUACGUGUGACAUUCUGAAGUUUGUGGAUGGACUUCGCCCCGGAUAUCCUAGGAGGUAUAAGCAUAUUAUUCAUGUGCCUAAGUUCACUGGUGAUGUUGAGGGAUUGAAGACUGCGGUAGACAAGGAGUUUAACAAUGGUGUAGAUUUGCCGUCUCAGCUUGUGUUUCGUAAGCUUGCGUGUAUACAAUUUCAACACGAAGUUUGUGGUAGAUUGAAUUGUUAUAGCACUCAUGGGUAUUAUACAUUCGUGGUGACAGAGGAUGGGAGAUGGUUGGUUCGGUUCGAAUAUGAAUAGUGGAUGCUUGCAACUCCAGUCAGCUACUCUGUAUUUAUUAUCAUUCACGUGUAGUCAUAUUUAUUCACUCUCGUUUGAGUGAAUAACUAAUAGGAAGGUUAGAAAGAAUGGUCCAAAAAAAACUAAUAGGAAGUACGAAGUAUUACUAAUACAAUUUGUUUUCAUUUGGUUAUGAACUUAAUGAAGUGGUAAUUGGUGGCUAUGAACAAGUAUAUCUCAAACUAAUUGUGGUUGCAAUGUUGGAUACGUGUACACACACACAAAAACUUCUGCUAACCCCGUUUUACUGCAGACAUUGUUUAUGUCAAAUUUAAAUAAGUUACAAAC